ACACGAGAAAUGAAAAUGAAAUAAGAGACUAUUUUCCAUAUGUAUAUAUCUGAGGAAACAACAGCCCAGACAACCGCCAAACUGAAAGACAAUGCCGCGAUACUCCCCCUUCGCCCCUAUCCCCAUUCCCACCUCGAAUCUGCUCACCUUCCUCUCCCCGCCAGAAUCUCCUCUCCACACCUCCACGAAGCCCAUAUGGAUCAACUCUGAAGACCCCUCUAUCAGCCUAUCCACCGGUGCCGCGUUGCCAUGGAUAAAGCGGUUGGCGAUGGGAUUGGAGCGGUUCCAAGUUGCCAGUGGUGGCAGCAGGGUGAAAAGGGGGGAGGUUGUAUUGGUGCUCUCGCCAAAUCAGAUAUUCGUCGCUGUGGCUUAUCUGGGGAUUGUUGGGUCGGGAAGGGUGUUUAGCGGGAUGAAUCCGAAUUAUAGUGUGCAAGAAAUGGUAUACCAGAUGAAGAACACGGAAGCCAAAAUCAUCCUGGUCCACCCAUCGUUGGUUGACAAUGCACUUGCUGCUGCAAAGCAGGCCGAUAUCUCGCCGGACCGCUUAUUCCAGUUUUCGGAUACUGUGAACUCGAACAAAAAUGAUGUGAGAGACUGCAAUAAUGGUCUCCUGGCAACUACACAAGAGUCGCACUCGUACCAAUGGCCUGAAUUAACCGGUGGCGAGGGCGCAAAAACUAUCGCGACCAUCAACUACUCAUCAGGCACCACCGGAUUACCGAAGGGAGCAUGUGUGAGUCAUCGAAACGUGAUAGCCAACGUCCUGCAGUCGACGGCCAUUCGUGGUGUCUUGCAGAAAUACUUUGCAGAGAGGGGACCUCCACAGCGAUGGAUUGGCCUCCUACCGCUGUAUCACGUGUACGGAUAG